AUGGAAAUAUUGUAUCCAUGUACUUGCAAAUUAAAUGAAUCUGAGGAAGCUGCUCCCCAAACUGUAAGGUUGAAGUCAGGAAAGUAUUUAAUCGAGCUUUGGGGUGCAAGCGGAGGAUGUGUUACGAAAGAGAGAAGCGGUAAAGGCGCAUAUGUAUGGAUUCGUCUAAAUCUCGUUGAAUCGAAGACUUUUACGAUCUUUGUAGGUGGAACUUCGACUUAUUCUAAUGUAACUAUGGUGAAAGGUGGCUGCAAUGGCGGCGGCGAUUCAUAUCAAGGCAGACUCACGAAUGGUGAAGCUCAGAUAGCCGGUGGUGGUGGUGGAUCUACUUCAAUAGGUCUGUCACUUUUGGACACCGGUAGAUCAUAUAAUGGAUUAGGAGCUAGCCAGGACAGCGGCGGUGUCGGGGGAUAUUUGAAUGAUACGACAAAUAAAAAAAUUCAUCAAGCAGAAAAUGGGCAAUUUAAAAAAGGUGGAAAUGGUAAUGGAAUAGGCUUUAACGGCGGUGGUGGAGGAGGGGGAUAUUAUGGAGGAGGUGGUUCGUACGAGGCAGGUGGUGGUGGAUCUUCGUUUAUAAAGUCAGGUUAUUAUGGUCGAAUUCAAAGUGGAUCAGAAACAUUUCGGUCACCUGAAGGUAUUAACGAAGCAGGCCACUAUGGUGACGGCUUUGCACGAAUCAAAUUCAUUUCAUAUUCAUGUGUAGGUAACAUUUUCAACAAAAAUAACUUUCAAAUUUUAAGUUUUUGUUUCAUUUUUAUUACAUCUGACUAA